AUGCAAAAUAGUGUCCACUUAGAGAUGAACAAACCCUUAAAAUAUCCAUCUAAUGAUAUUUCUGUUUGUUGGCCCUCCUUUUAAACUUCAAGUUUCAACUCCAAUCCAAUCAGAAAAGACUCUGAAAUCAAUCCUCAGAUGCAGCUAAGUAAAUUCAGCGAUUCUGAAAGUGAAAACAAUCAAGUUCCAAAAAAUCUGGAGAAUCUCUGUUCCUAUUAAAAUCAAAGUGUGCCAGGGAAUCCAAUAUAUCUUCUCCUUUCAUCUGAAAUGUUUUUGUUCACAAAAAUUAUUUCAAUUAUCCUAGCGAACAUUUUACUCCUUUUUUUAACCUUCUAUUUACCCUACUUCUAUUUUGAGAACUUUACAGAAUCAGAUCCCAUUUAUUUUCCAGUUCUUUUGUUUAUAAUGACGCUAGAAUUACACACUCAAUUUAUCAAAAUUUUAAGUAAAUUUCUCAAAAAAAACAAAAUCUCAAUAAAAUUACUAGAUAUCACAAUCUUAAUAACCUAUAUACUUUGCUUUACAAUUUAGAACGUUAUAACUUUUACAAUUUUAUAUUACCUGCUAUUCUUAAGAAAUUUAAAAUUUAUUUAAAAGUUGCUAAGUUUAAUCCCAUUUAUUAAUUAUUAGUAAAUAAUAAUCACUAAAAUGAUCGUUGUAUUGCUAUUCCAAAUACAUUACUUUACUUGUAUUUGGGGAGUAGAACUAAAAUCAAUUAACAAAGAUGAUCUAGUUUACUCAGAUUACUUUUAUAAAUCAUUUCUGAUGUUAUUUUUUAAAUUUGAUCAAUUAGAAAAUUAAUAAAACCAUUUAUUAAUACUAACACAUCUGUUUAGUAACAUCAUAAUUAUAAUUUUCUUGUUUACCAUAUUUACAUAAUGCCAAUCACAACUGCAUAAACAUGAUAUUGAGUUAAAAACUUAUAAGUUAUUCUUAAAAUCAAAUAUGCUUGAAUUCAAAGUUAAGAUUGUUUUGUUUCACUAUUAAAAAAUAUUCUUAUUAAUUGAGAAUCAAUUGAAUGCAAAAGAAAAUGAAAAGAAAAAGGCUUUGUUAUAGUACAUAAAAAUGAGGUUGAUUAGUUAGGAACUCAGACACUUUAAAUUUCUAUCUAAAACUGCUCUGAAUGAUAUCAGUGCUAAGGGAGUCUUUGGACUGAGUUUGAAAUAAUAAAAUUUCUAAGCAGAAAUUGAUGGAGUAUAUAUAAUACUAGCUGGGAGAGUCAAUGUGAACUUCAUGGGAUUGAACCUAAAGGUUGAUACUCAGAAGAUCAUCAAUAUUUGUAUAAUUGAAAUGAUGAAUACUCAACAAUAGAGGAAAUUAAUAUUGGAACCAAUUGAUAUGAAUGAUAUAUUGUACUUUUACAUUAAUCAGGAUUAAUUUCAGAGUUGUUUAUAAAAGCAGCUAGAGAAGGAAGAGUAUUAAAUGAUUAGAGAUGAUAUCAACUUCAACAAUACCACUGAGGAAUUGAAUAUCUAAUGUUAUUUUUGCAAUCUAUUUCAUCCAACAUUCAAUUGUUCUUGUUUGAAUAUUAAGAGAAGAUUCACUUAUGAUAAGACAUAUUAGGAGAGAGGAGCAUUGUUUCAGAGGAAGAAUAACAGUAGAGUUAAAGCAGGCAUCUAUUAAUAGGGAACUAGCAACUGUAAUAUUAGUGAUAAAAGUUCUGAUAGUUUUGAAGCAUUUUCAGAUUACUCAAGUGAUAAGUUGAAUGUGUCAAACCAACAACUUCAUUAUGACUAGAUUGGCAAGUAGAGUUCGAUUAGUUAGAUAUAUAAGGAUAUACUAUAGAUUGAUUUGAUAUCCGACAAGGUUAGUGAUCCCAUAAUAAGCAGUACUUUAAUUAAAAAUUUGCAAGUGCCUGACAAAGCACUCAGGAAUCAAUCGGAUAGCAAUUAAACAGCUUUUCAGGAAUUGGAUUCUUUUCCUGAAAUAGAUAAAAUAUAGGAGUAUCAACAUUAUAAAGUGGCUUACAACAUCAAUAAUGUGUUAAAUAAAAUAAAUAAACAGAGAAUGUGA